AUGGACGACUCACCACUGAGCCGCCUCCCACGCGAGCUGCGUGACAUGGUGUACAGGCUCGUACUGCACCAACCUGAAGGCAUCGUGUACGAACACUUCAUGUUGUAUUACUAUCCGACUGGGCAGGCGGGGUGGGAGCUGCACGACGACUAUCACACCCGCCAAAACCCCAAUGGCGUUUUCGUUGAAAGAUACAAUGGUGCGCAGCUUGAGUUCACUGGUCCUGCGGUACUGCCUGGCCGCGGACGUAUCUCCCGCUUCCAGGCCGAUCGCAAGGGUGACGCAGUCGACCACUUCGGCCUUUUGAAGACAUGUCGACAGGUCCGUCAGGAAUCAAAGCCUUUGCUCUUCGCUGUGAACGAUGUGGUGAUACCAACGUGGUCCAGGCACCUGCGCCAUCCCAAUACUCCGCGUUACGGACCCAGCGGGUAUUGGACCAAGCUCGUUGAAUUGGACCCUCUGGAAGACCUCAUUCGCACAUGGCGCGGUCAGCCACCGCUGUCCAUAGUGCUAGAGAUUCAGGAACCAGUGACUUCUUCUCGACUGCCGUAUAGUCUGGCAUGGGGUAUGAAACGGCUCUUGGGACAGCCAGGAUAUUCAGCUUUCAAUCUCCGUCUCAGUGUACCUUUUCCGGAUCGCUUCGACCAGCACAACGCAACUGCCUUCACCCUCGCGGUUUGCAACUUGCGCCACCAAUGGAGCCCAAAAUGGCGUGCUGAUGUUGUCGUCAGGGACGGCAGGAAGACGUCGCAGCGCGCACUCGACUAUUUCCGCAAAGAGCGAGCCUCACUUGGAGAAGAGCAAGCUGCCGAGACAAAACUCUUGGAUCGUAACGACAUGGAGCUCGGGACUCUGGUGACAUUGUUCCCAGUCAAUGGCAAUGGUGGCCAGGGAUACUCAAUCGAGAAGAGAUAG